AUGCCGGACAGCAGAGAACAAGGUAAAUCUGAGUUACUCAUUUUAUAUUUCGUUCUUUUAUUUCUUUUUAUUUCUUUCUUUUCUUCUUUCUUUCUUUCUUUCUUUCUUUCUUUCUUUCUUUCUUUCUUUCUUUCUUUCUUGCUCGUUCUUUCUUUGAUUCUUUCUUUUCACUUCUCAUUUUUCUUUCUUUCUUUCUUUCUUUCUUUCUUUUCUUCUUUCUUUCUUUCUUUCUUUCUUUCUUUCUUUUCUUCUUUCUUUCUUUCUUUCUUUCUUUCUUUCUUUCUUGCUCGUUCUUUCUUUGAUUCUUUCUUUUCACUUCUCAUUUUCUUUCUUUCUUUCUUUCUUUCUUUCUUUCUUUUCUUUCUUUCUUUUUCUUUCUUUUUCUUUCUUUCUUUUCUCUUUUCUUUCUUUCUUUUCUUUUUUCUUUCUUUCUUUCUUUCUUUCUUUCUUUCUUGCUCAGAAGAUACGUUUGCCUUUCUCUCUCGCUUUUUCCAUUCUUUCUUUCUUUAUUUUCAUCUUCCAUUUUUCUUUCUUUUUUUCUUUGUUUUUCGUUCUAUCUUUUCACUUCUCAUUUUUUUCUUUCUCUCAUUCUUUCUUUCUUUUCACUUCUCGGUCUUUUUGAUUUCGUUCCUUUCUGAGGAAAUUAGGGAUUUAUUUUAUCAAUUCUAUAAAGAAGAUAAUUUCGCCUUUCUCUAUUUUUUUUUUCUUUAUUUCUCUCUUUCGUUCUUUCUUUUCACUUCCCAUUUUUCUUUCUUUCGUUUGUUCUUUCUUUUUCAUUCUUUCUUUUCACUUCUCAUUUUUCUUUCAAUAUCUCAUUAUUUUUUUAUGUCAGAAGUUUUUUGUCUUUCUUUCUUUUUUUUUCUUUCUUUCUUUCUUUCUUUCUUUCUUUCUUUCUUUCUUUCUUUCUUUUCACUUCCAAUUCUUCUUUCUUUCACUCAUUCUUUCUUUUCACUUCUCAUUUUUUUUUCUUUCUCUCAUUCUUUCUUUAUUUUCACUUCUCGCGCCUCUUUCUCUCUCUCUCUCUAUCUAUCUAUCUAUCUAUCUAUCUCUAUCUCUCUCUUUCUCUCUCUCUAUAUAUAUAUGCAUCCGCUAUCUUUGGUGCACUUGUUGCUUAUACGAGGACACACGCAAGCAUAUAGAACACUGCUGAUAAGCAGGUUCAUCCUGAAUCUAUCUAUCUAUCUAUCUAUCUAUCUAUCUAUCUAUCUAUCUACCUAUCUAUCUAGCUAUCGCAAUCUGUUCAUAUCGAAAUAUCGUGAUCUGUUCCUAUCUAUCUAUUCAUCUAUCUAUCUAUCUAUCUAUCUCAUAUCUAUCUAUCUAUCCAUCGCAAUCUGUUCAUAUCGAAAUAUCUAUCUAUCUAUCUAUCUAUCUACCUAUCUAUCUAUCUAUCUAUCUAUCUAUCUAUCUAUCUAUCUAUCUAUCGCAAUCUGUUCAUAUCGAAAUAUCGUGAUCUGUUCAUAUCUAUCUAUCUAUCUAUCUAUCUAUUGCAAUCUGUUCAUAUCGAAAUAUCGUGACCUGUUCUUAUCUAUCUAUCUAUCUAUCUAUCUAUCUAUCUAUCUAUCUAUCUAUCUCAGUUGA